AUGGGGAUAAGUUUUGGCGGGCCCCUUGCCUGGGUGACGGCCAGCCGACUGCCCAAGAUAGUCAAGAGCCUAGCACUGAUCAUCACGAGCCCAGUCGGGGCAAGACCGAAUCCCGCGGACAAGCUGCCGCCAGCUCAUCCCGAGGGCGGAUUGGUACUCCGCGAGGCCUUCAAGUUACCCGAUGACAAGGAGGACGACGACGCCUGGAUCAAAUCCGCAGCCGCCCACGGAGCAGGAAAGGGCCGAAUCGAGGCCGAGUCCGAUACCACGUAUCGCCGGGAGAAGAAGAGCGGUACGAUGUGGACCAGGGGAAACCAUGGCGAUGCGGCGUGCGUGAGGUGGCCGCGGGAGACGCUCAAGCGGGUCGAGUGUCCGACGGUCGUCAUUCACGCGGCCAAGGACCAAGUAUUCCCCUUGGAGUACGCGAAAGCUCUCAGAGAUGACGUGGGGGAUGCAACGCUGGUGGUGGUCGAGAACUGUGGUCAUGAACUGCCACAUCGAGCUCGCGGAACAAUAGUGGAUGCGAUUCUUGCGAAUGUGAAGAAGGGGGAGCAGGCAUCUGAUGUAGCGAAGAGGGAUGAACUUGUGCUUCCAAGUCGCCUGUGA